AUGCGCCAUGCGCGGAGACUCCCGCCGCCGCUGCUGCUGCGGUCCUCCGUCGCGUUUUGGAUUUUCUGCCACGUCACCAAUGUGGACGGAGCUCUACCAACAACCCAGAAGUGUGAUGAGGCUCUAGCCUCUCCUCUACCUCACACGGCCUUCACCAGCUCAUCUGUCUUCUCCGGUGGAUAUGCACCUGGAUAUGCCAAGCUCAACAGGAGAGGAGGUGCUGGUGGAUGGUCACCUUUGGACAGUGAUCAUUACCAGUGGCUACAGGUGGACCUCGGCUCCAGGAAGCAGGUGAGCGCCAUAGCAACGCAGGGUCGCUACAGCAGUUCUGACUGGAUGACGCAGUACCGCCUCCUCUUCAGUGAUACAGGAAGGAACUGGAAACCGUAUCACCAAGAUGGAAACAUCUGGGCCUUCUCUGGAAACUCCAACUCAGAAAGUGCAGUUCGCCAUGAUUUGCAGCAGGGAAUUGUGGCUCGCUUCCUGAGGCUCAUCCCUUUGGCCUGGAGUGAAGAGGGACGUAUUGGUCUCCGGAUAGAAGUUUAUGGAUGCUCUUACUGGGCAGAUGUUAUCAACUUUGAUGGGCAGGGGGUAAUAUCAUACAGGUUUAAGGUUAAGAAGAUGAAGAUAAUUAAGGAUGUGAUCGCGCUGAGGUUUAAGACGUCAGAAAAUGAGGGCAUCAUUCUCCAUGGGGAGGGUCAGCAGGGGGACUACAUCACCCUGGAACUUCGCAAGGCCAAGUUACAACUGCAGAUAAACCUGGGCAGUAACCAGUAUGGCUCCAUCCUGGGGCAUACCUCCGUGACCACUGGCAGUCUCUUGGAUGACAACCACUGGCACUUAGUGAUGAUUGAGCGCUACCGUCGCAAUGUCAACUUCACCUUGGAUGGACACACUCAGCACUUCAGAACCAACGGAGAGUUUGAUCAUCUAGAUUUAGACUAUGAGUUGAGUUUUGGGGGGAUGCCGUACAGCGGGAAGCCAGUGGGAGGUGGAAGAAAAAACUUCAAAGGCUGCAUGGAGAGCAUCAACUACAAUGGAGACAAUAUUACAGACCUGGCCCGCCGGAAGAAGCUCGACACUUCCAGCUUUCAGCGUAACCUGUCUUUCACCUGCGUGGAUACGCACACCUUCCCGGUCUUUUUCAACGCCACGAGCUUCCUGCAGCUGCCGGGCCGAGCCAACCACGACAUCGUGUCCGUAGGCUUCCAGUUCCGCACGUGGAACCCAGACGGCCUCCUACUCUUCAGUAAUCUCGAUGACGGCACGCUGGAGAUCUCCCUCGAGGACGGAAAAAUUACAAUUCAUAUCAACGUGUCAAAGGCGGACAGAAACUACCGGGUGGACUUGUUAUCAGGUUCUGGUCUCAAUGAUGGCCAGUGGCAUGCUGUGCGUUUGGUUGCCAAGGAGAACUUUGCCAUGCUGACUGUAGAUGGAGAGGAGGUGUCCGCCAUGCGUUCUGCCUCACCUCUCAGCAUCACCACAGGAGGAACCUAUCACUUGGGAGGGUACUUUCUGCUGACACCAUUUCCACCUUCACAGCGUUCAUUCCAGGGGUGCAUGCAGGCAGUUCUGGUGGAUGAUCAACCUGCUGAUUUGCAUGCAGUGGAGAAAGGCAUUGUGGGAGCCUUUGAGAAUGUCAGCCUGGACAUGUGUGCAAUUAUAGACAGGUGUAUGCCCAAUCAUUGUGAGCAUGGGGGUCACUGUAAACAGACGUGGGACAGUUUCAGUUGCUCCUGUGAAGGAACGGGAUACAACGGAGCCACCUGCCACACUUCCAACUAUGAGCCCUCAUGUGAGGCCUAUAAGCAUUUGGGUCGGUCUUCUGACACCUACUGGAUUGACCCCGACAGCAGUGGACCUCUCGGCCCCUUCAGAGUGAACUGUAAGAUGACAGAAGACGAAGUGUGGAUGACAGUUGUGAACAACCUGCCACCCAGAACUUUAAUCACCGGCUCUAGCAAAGAGAAGCGCACCGUCCUGCAGGUCAACUACAGCGCCUCCAUGGACCAGGUGACAGCCAUCACCACCAGUGCAGAACACUGUGAACAGCAAAUCACCUACAGCUGCCGCUUGUCCCGUCUGCUCAACACUCCAGAUGGGACCCCCUACACAUGGUGGGUUGGUCGAGCCAGCGAGAAGCAUUUCUACUGGGGCGGCUCGGGACCCGGCAUCCAGAAGUGUGCCUGCGGCAUUGACAGGAACUGCACUGACUCCAAGUACGACUGCAACUGUGAUGCAGAUGCUAAACAAUGGAGAGAAGAUUCUGGUCUCUUGACAUAUAAAGAACACUUGCCGGUCAGCCAGGUUGCUGUUGGGGACACAAACAGGCCGGGCUCUGAGGCCAAACUCACCGUCGGACCGCUCCGUUGCCAUGGAGAUAAUAACUACUGGAACGCUGCAUCCUUCACCACCCCGUCAUCCUACCUGCAUUUCCCCACUUUUCAGGGAGAGACCAGCGCUGACAUCUCAUUUUAUUUCAAGACGAGCGCUCCCUACGGCGUCUUUCUGGAAAACCUGGGCAACACUGACUUCAUCCGCCUGGAGCUCAAAUCUCCUAAGGUGAUCUCCUUCUCCUUCGACGUUGGAAACGGACCCGUGGAGUUAACGGUGCACUCGGCCACACCCCUCAACGACGACCAGUGGCAUCGCGUGAUGGCGGAGCGUAACAUCAAAGAAGCAGUCCUCCAGCUGGACCAAACGUACCGGACGUCCCAGCUGGCUCCGGCACAGGGACACACACGACUAGAGCUGUUCAGCCAGCUCUACGUGGGUGCUGCAGGGGGACAGAGGGGGUUCCUGGGUUGUAUCCGAGCCUUGCGGAUGAAUGGCGUCACCCUCGACUUGGAGGAGAGGGCCAAAGUGACGCCUGGGGUGAAGCCGGGUUGCCAGGGCCACUGCACCAGUUUUGGGAUGUACUGCAGGAAUGGGGGGAAGUGUGUGGAGAGGUAUAACGGCUAUUUGUGCGACUGCACGACCACUGCCUUCAACGGGCCGUUCUGCACCAAAGACGUUGGGGGUUUCUUUGAGGCUGGAACAAUGGUCAAAUACAACUUCAUGCCUGAACCACUUCCAGGGGCCAGUAAGGACACGAAAGUCUUGACGCAACAGCUGAUGCCCAACGAGGUGAAUCUGACCAAGGAGGAAGUGGCGUUCAGCUUUAGCACAUCCAGUGCUCCGGCCAUUCUCAUGUAUGUGAGCUCCAAGACCCAGGACUACCUGGCUGUGGUGUUAGGACACAAAGGUUCCCUGCAGGUUCGAUACAACCUGGGUGGUCUGAAGGAGCCGUUUGCUAUAGAUGUGGACCAACGGGACCUGGCUAACGGCCAGCCACACAGCAUUAACAUGUCCCGUCACAACAGGAGCGUCACCGUCCAGUUGGAUCACUACCCUGCAGUGAGCUACAGCCUCCCAGACGCCUCAGACACACAGUUCAACCUGGUCAAGACGCUGUUCUUGGGAAAAGUUUUUGAAACCGGACACGUGGACCCGCUGCUCAUUGACCAGUACAACACGCCGGGCUUCAUCGGGUGUCUGUCGCGGGUGCAGUUCAACGGAGUCGCGCCCCUCAAGUCUGCGCUGAGGAAAGCAGCGCAAGCGUCGUCCACGUCCACAGGCGGCCAGGAAGGCACGCAGCCUUUAGCGGCCUCGCCCGUGUCUUACCGCGGCAAACUGGUGGAGUCCAACUGUGGGGCGUCGCCUCUCACCAUCCCACCCAUGUCUGCUGCAACAGAUCCCGGGCAUCUGGACAACACAGAUGCAAAGAUCCCCUUCAACGAGGAGAGAGUCAUUCCUGAUGGAGUCAACAGAGACUCGGCCAUCAUCGGAGGUGUUAUUGCCGUGGUGAUCUUCACCAUCCUCUGCACGCUGGUGUUCCUGAUCCGCUACAUGUUCCGCCACAAAGGCACCUACCACACCAACGAGGCCAAGGGCAGCGGCGAGUCCGCCACGGAGUCCGCAGACACGGCCAUCAUCGGCACCGACAACCCGGAGACCAUCGACGAAUCAAAGAAGGAGUGGUUCAUCUAGCGGCCGGUGACGGGACUCUGAGAGACAGGAAGCACUUCGUGAGACCGUCACUUGUCCCAGAUGGAGGGAGUUUAAUCAAACAACCGAUCGCUGGAGAGUCCGAGGAUCGCCUAUUCGGUAGGACGACAAACUCCCGGAAAAGGUGGGACGUGAGGAACGUUCUUUUGUUUUUGUUUUAAUAUCCAGAGUAUUGAAGGGGAAAGGGGAAAGAGACGCUUAUCCAGUGGAGCACAUCUGUAAAGAACCUUUCGUGUACAUA